AUGGUUAUUACUAAAGAGGGAAAAACAACCAAAAAAAAAAUCGAUAGACCUGCAAAUAAAAAAGGAAAACAAAAGGCACUUCCUAUCAACGACGACGAUGAUGAGUAUGACGAUAACAGUCGACGAGGAAAUAAACGAAAGCUUGAAGAUGACGAGGAAAUUGACGUCAAGACUGAAGAAGACGAAGAUGUCACUAAAGGAAAAAAGGCCAAGGAAUCUCUUAAAAAAAGAAUAAAACAACAAAAAACAACCGAGCCUAAAGCUAAUCCGAACGAUGAUGAUAAAAUGGACAUAGAGGAACCUGUCAAAAAAAAAACGGUCAGGAAAAAAUCCAAGCCAAGAAUUGAAGAGGAAAUGGACAUAAAGUCUGAGGAUGAAGAACCUGUCAAAAAAAAACAAGUCAGGAAAAAAUCUAAGCCAAGGAUUGAAGAGGAAAUGGACAUAGAGGAUGAAGGACCCGUAAAAAAAAAACAGGUCAGGAAAAAAUCUAAGCCAAGAGUUGAAGAGGAAAUGGACAUAAAGACUGAGGAUGAAGGAUCCACAAAAAAAAAACUGGACAGGAAAAAAUCUAAGCCAAAAAUUGAAGAGGAUGAGCCUGAACCAAUGGUGGAAGGGGCAAUCACUUGA